AUGGAUAACAUAGGAGUACACCCUCACCAUCUUCCAGACUUUACCUCCAAAGUUCUUGGUGUCAUGCAGAGCAAAGGAGUCCGUAGAAAUAUACUUGUUGAGUUAAAGCAUGAUCAGGGAUUUUAUAAAUUUUGUUCAGAAUGGAUAUCUCAAAGAUGGGACUUAGAAGAUAUUGGUCAUAAUGUUUCAACCAAAGACCUUAUUUUUGAGUUGAGGAAUAAAAUUAAAUCACAGGAGCAAUUGAUAGAUGAAUGGAGGAUGCCUCAUCUACAAGAUGUUGAAAAAUCUUUAUUAUUAAAAUCUAAAGUAUUAAAGCAAGAUCUUCUUACAAUCAAAACGAUAAAUAUAUGAGGAUUAAAUAAUAAGUUUAUUGCAGGACCAGAUUUAUUAUUUAACCCUCAAUUGCAUAACCAUUGGAAGCUUGGCAAAUGAGUGUAUUUUCAAUAUCCAAGUUGAACUGGAGUUAAGUUGAUCUUUUCACAAAAAUAUGGAAGGAAAGCUCAUAGCUUCUUCAAAAAUUUAUUUCCAAGACUAACUCAAUGGCUCAAGCUAUUUUCACGGAACCGAAUAGAUAAUCAAGCAUCAUUAAGAAACAUUGGAAAUUGGUUAACUCAGGUUGAAAAAAUUGCUUUUAGAGUGACUACCGAUAUUCAUUUCGAAGGAUUUUUAAUUAAUAGAAGACAACUCAAAAGAAUUUUUGGGUUUUCAGCAAAUAAAAAAAGUCUCUCACUAAUCAAUUGUAAGAUUGAGUUAGAUAUUGUUCCAGAUUCUGCAAUGGCUUUCAAGAACUGUACAAUCCAGAUAUUAAAUAUUGACUUGCACUGGAGUAAUUUAAAUCAAACCCAUCUAGUAAGGCUGGAGCAUUUUCAAAAUCUUAUUAAUGGAUUAUCACAAUCAGAAGAUUUGAAAGAGAGUCUUCAAGAACUAUAUUUUUCUAAUACUGGCCUGGCAGAUAGCAUUGUUUCAGACAUAAUAGAAGUAAAUCAAUUCUCACAAUGUCAAUCUUAUGAUAUAUAAUUCCAUUAUUGCGAUCUUCAAAGUUUCAAAACUAUUUGUCCACUAAACUGUUAAACUCGCUCACAAAUUAAAAUGGGGAGUAAUUAUAGAAAAUUUAUGUUUCUAGUUUUAACAACACCUAUCCUGUACUUGAUCUCCUCAUAAAGUUGCUGAAAGUUCUAGAACAAAAAAUAGUUACCUUAAAACAGACCUUAGUGUGCAAUGCUUCAAGAAAUUCCCCCUAUAUUCGUUGAUAAUCAAGCCUUUUUGAGUUUUGUUCAAAUUCGGUGAGCAAACUUUAGUUUAAAAUAAUAUAAAGAGUAUUUGAGACUUAAUGA